AUGUUGGAUGCAGCACAGUCGGUUCAAUCUGAGGUAGGCGUGGUUUUCCAGAAUAUACGUCACUAUUUGGAGGGAAUGGGUCAAGGAUCAUGGACGCACUAUUUGCGAUUAGAUAACUAUGCUGCACACAUCAUAGCGCACUCUGAGACUAGAUGGGAUGAACGAGUGGUUUGGCUUGACAGACCUCCAAUUUUUGUCAUUGACCAGCUUGUGAAGGAUAAUGUAAUACUCGUUUAUGAGUAA